AUGGAACAUUUAUAUCUUGUGUCAUAUAAUCGAUCAAUAGUAGUGUUAUUAUGCAUAACGAUUAUAUGCACUACAUUACUUGAUGUGAGUAAAUGUCAAGAUUUUCGAUCACCAUUUGGUGCUCUUGUUGAUUGUGAUAAUCAAAACCAUGUUAAUUGUUCAGAUGAACAACGUCUUUUAUAUUUUUUAAUGCGUAAUUAUUCAAAUAAUGUACGACCAGUACGAAAUGCUAGUCUACCAGUACCAGUUAAAUUAGGUUUAACAUUAACACAAAUAUUUGAUAUGAUGGAAAAAAAUCAAAUAUUGAUAACAAAUGUAUGGUUAGAUCAAGAAUGGUAUGAUGAAUUUCUUCAAUGGGAUCCAGCUGAUUUUAAUGGUAUUCGUCGUCUUAAUCUUCCAUCAAAACUUAUUUGGUUGCCUGAUAUUGUUUUAUAUAAUAAUGCUGAUGACUUUUCUAAUAGUAAUGCAAUGCAAGCAAAUGCUAUGCUUAUUCAUAAUGGCAGUGUAUUUUGGCCAAUACCAACACGUUUAAAAAGUACUUGUCAAAUUGAUGUAACCUAUUUUCCAUAUGAUGAACAAGAAUGUAAAUUAAAAUUUGGUAGUUGGACUUAUAAUGGUUAUCAAGUAUCAAUUGAACAACGUUUUCAUGCUAUUGAAUUAUCAAAUUAUGUUCCAAAUGGUGAGUGGGAUUUAGUUGAUACAUCAUAUCAAGUAAAUAUUGUUCGAUAUGCAUGUUGUCCAGAACCAUUUCCAGAUAUAACAUUUUAUGUUCGUAUAAGACGACGUAUUCUAUAUUAUUUAUAUUCAGUUGUUUUUCCUUGUGUUAUGCUAUCGAUUUUAACUUUACUUGUUUUUUGUUUACCACCUGAAUCAGGUGAAAAAAUUGCACUUGGUAUUACAGUUUUACUUGCAUUUAGUGUAUUUAUGUUAGCUAUUGCUGAAAGUAUGCCAGAAACAAGUGAACACAUUCCAUUAAUAAGUUUAUAUUUAACUGCUGUUAUGGCUAUGACAAGUGUAUCAGUUAUGAUGACAGUAUUAGUUCUUAAUCUUCAUUAUCGUGGUCCGAAAAAAAAUGAAAUACCAUUUUGGCUUCAACAAUUAUUAAGUAUAUCAUUAGCAAAUGUUGUUCGAACAAUGAAAAGAACAAAAAGAUUUAAAAUACAUAGAAAUAAAGGAGAAUUACGACCUAGAAUAAGUUUUCCUGAUAAAAAUAAAAUUCAAAAUACAACAGAUUGUUCAGCAGUCAAUGGACUUUUAUUAUCUUAUAUGACUAUUAAUGAAACUAAUAGUAAAACACCAAUAACAACUGAUCCAAAUUCAAUCGAACUUGACAAUUAUGAUGUUCAAGAACAACAAAACCCACCAUCACCACAAAAACAACAAUUGGAAGAAAAUAAAUAUAAACGUUCAACACAUUUACUUCCUGAAGAAAUUCAUCUAAAAGAUCGAUUAAUAUCACGUUCGAGUUCAAUUGCAACAAUUCAUGAUGACAUUCAAGAUACAUUACAAAUUCUAUUACAUAAACAAAAAGAACUUGAACAUGAUCAAAAAAUAACAAAUGAUUGGCGUGUUAUAGCAACAAAAAUUGAUAAAGUUCUUUUUUGUAUUUUUUUUCUUUUAACAAUCAUAUCAACAUUAGGUCUUCUUGUUGUUGUACCAAUUUUUCGUACUACUGUACAACAAAAAACCAAACUAUGGAAAGGAUCACAACGUCAAUAA